AGUUGGAACACAAAAAGAGUUCUAAGUUCUAACACUCAACAUAUUGUUUGCUACAUUCACGGAACUUCAACCUUCGUUUGGCGAAAUAGGAGCAAGCACAAGGUUCCAAUCUGUAUGGAUUCGAUUUGAAGUUUUGAGGAGAAGAUGUUGAUCACGAGGUACACCUAUCUCAAUUCCACCUUCCUUCUUCGUUUGUUUCACUCUGUUCCUUUCAGGCUUUAUGCUCAUUCCCCUUUCCCAAUUCCUCCUAACAAUAACAGUAAUAACAAUGUGGAUGAUGCUGUUGCUUCUUUUAUCACCCUUCUUGGUAAGCGCCAUUUGCCCCCUGUGGUUGAGUUCAACAAGAUUUUAGUGUCUCUUGUUAAGAUCAAACAAUACUCCACUGCUGUUUCGCUCUUUGCACAAAUGGAUUUUAGGGGAAUCACUCCUGAAUAUUUUACUCUCUGCAUCUUGAUAAAUUGUUUCUGCCAUUUGGGUCUCAUGGAUUCUGCUUUCUCUGUAUUGGCCAAGAUUAUCAAGUUGGGUCAUCAAUUGGAUGUGGUUGCUUUGAAUACCCUAAUGAAAGGUUUCUGUAUAAACAAGAAGGUCAGGGAAGCAUUAGAGUUUCAUGAUAAGGUAAGAGCUAUGGGAUUUCGGCUUGAUGAGGUCACUUAUGGGACCUUAAUCAAUGGGCUUUGUAAGAUAGGGCAGACAAGAGGAGCCAUUGAAUUACUGCAAAAGCUAGAGAAGCAACCUGUUAAACCCGGCGUAGUAAUGUACAAUGCUGUUAUUGAUGGGUUAUGUAAGGAUGGGCUUGUGACUGACGCUAAGAACUUGUUUCCCAAGAUGAUUGCACUAGGAAUAUCUCCUAAUGUUGUCAGUUACAGCUCCCUUAUUCACGGUUUUUGCUGUGCCAGUCGCUUAGAAGAAGCUACACAAUUGUUGAGUGAAAUGGUUAAAAGCAGCAUCAAGCCAAACAUAUAUACCUUCAGUAUAUUAAUUGAUGCUUUAUGUAAAAAGAGAAGAGCUGGAGAAGCCCAAAAGAUAUUUGAUAUGUUGUUGGAAAGUGGCCAUAAGCCUAAUGUUGUCACUUACAAUUCUUUGAUUGCUGGUUACUUUCUAAUCAAUAAAGUGAAUGAGGCAGCAAAGUUAUUUGACUGCAUGAACAAAGCAGGUUUGAUACACGAUGAUUACAGUUAUAACAUCAUGAUUCAUGGAUAUUGCAAGAACAAAAUGGUGGAUCAAGCGAUGAGUCUCUUUAAAGAAAUGCGUCACAAAAGUUUAAGUCCAGAUAGUAUAACUUACAGUACCCUUCUUGAUGGAUUAUGCAAAUCAGGGAGAAUAUCAUGCAUACAGAAUCUUCUUGAUGAAAUGCACGAAAGUGGACAACCCCCUAAUUUAAUCACUUACAAUAUAUUGCUAGAUGCUUUAUGCAAAAUCCAACAUCUUGAUGAAGCAAUUGCACUAUUUCACAAAAUUGUUGACAAGGGGCAUCGUCCAGAUUUGUACAUGUGCACUAUUCUUUUGAAUGGUUUGUGCAAAUGUGGAAGAGUAAGGACUGCAAGUAAGUUUUUCCAGCUGCUCUUGAUCAACAAUUAUUGUCUAGAUGUUGUGAGCUACAAUACUAUGAUACGUGGGCUUUCUAAAGAGGGCUUGAUUGAUGAAGCAAUGGUGUUAUUUUCAAAAAUGAAAGAAAAUGGUUGCCUUCCAAAUGCUGCAACUUAUGAAACACUUAUUCGAGCCCUUCUUGUUAGAAAUAAGAAUGAGCAAGCAGUAAAGCUUCUUCGUGAAAUGAUCAGUAAAGGUCUACUAAUGGGCAGUAGUAAUGAGGAUUCCAAGUUUAUGACUCCCCGUGAGGUGGGACAGAUUCUUGAAUGGGAAUCUCGCUCUUCCAACCAGAUGACGAGUGUCGAGUGAUGUGUAUUAUCUCGUAUUUCCAUAUCCUUAGGUUGAUAAAGAUAAGGAUUCUUUGGUAAUUUGAUGUUGGAAGUUGUUUAUUUCUUGAGUUUCAUUGUUUCUUGAUAUUAUUUUCCUUUGACAUAUCGAGGAUAGCCGGAAAUCUUUAAUCUUAUUUUCUACAAUUGGUAUAGAUGAUACAGAAUUGUGCUAUGCUCAUGGCUUUUGUUACAUUGAACAAACUAGAUCUUAAAUCAUAUUUUUCUUCUUGGGGGUGCCCAAGCUAUGCCUUCGUGUUUUCUUUACUUUUUAAUUAUUACUUACUGUGUUAAUUUUGUUUAUUUUAUUAAUCAUGUCUUUUCUGAUUUUGCAUAUUUUGUAGAUAUAAUGCAAAAUAUUGAGAGGGAAUGGUCAAGUCAUAGAUAAUCUCGUCCGGAGUGCCACGGUUGAGACUCAUGUUGGAGCUUUCCUGGUGAGGUCGAUCAAGGAGCUGCUGACAAAACCACAGAAGGUGGUGUUUGGCACAUCUUCAGAGAGGCGAAUCAAUGUGCCGAUGCUCUGGCCAAAUAUGGGCAAGGAAUGGAGAAAGGGGUCACGCUGUUCAAAGAAGUCCCAGCUAUGGUGGUUCUCUUGGUGGAAGCUGAUGAGCGUGGAGUGGAGUUCUGCAAAACCACUCUUGUUUACUGUUUUUCUUUUUCCUGGGCUUUAGGCCCCGUUUUAGAUAAAAAAAAAUAGAUGGCGAUCAAGGGUCGAUUAUACUCAUAAAGAACUGCCACUAAAAGCAUAACUUGGCAUACAAGGGACUAACCGCUGAAGACUGGCCAUAAUCUUCAACUAUUAUUUGCUUCUUUCUAGAGCAUUUUCCCUAACCUGAAGCAAGUUUAAAGGGGGAUAAAAUAAUCAUAUAAAUGUUAUUUUUAGACUAUACUCUUUGUUGCUCUUUGCCUCUAUGUAACUUUAGGUCAUACAUUGAAGCUGUGAAGCUGUGAAGACGACUACUGAUGUUAUUAUCAAGUUAUGCUGUGUAUAUUAUAUUUUUU